AUGCGCUUAAUAACUGCAAUCGUAGGCGGGCUGGCCUUCUUCAGCUAUCACAUCGAUGGUGCUCCAAUAGAGAAACAAGACAUAUUCGGCCACUAUGACAUCCUCAGCAUGCAGAUCUUCACUCCCAGCACACGGCCAGAGGGCCCCAAAAAUUUAGGCAUCAGAUUCGGAAUCUACGACCCAAACCCUCUCGCCGCUCCGCAUCACUACGGCGUCUGUAAAGCCGAGUUUCCGAUGCCGAGGGCAGGAGAGAUUCAAAGUAUCACCGGCAAGAUAAUGCCUUGCGCGGGUACGACGUUUAGGUUCUACUUUGUCAGAUUCCGGAGCAUCUCUGACUUCACUCUGGAGGUGAACCAUGAAAUCACAGACCCUAGCCUUUUUGGUUUUCGGCCGGGUAACCGUAUCUCGCAGCGGGCGGUUGGGGAAGUUACGGAGACCAACAUGACUUGCAUCCAGGCCGACAGCGGGCUGCGAUCGUGCAAUCUGAGACGCGACAAGACGAUCCGGCUUCAUGUCUUCGGUUACGCACCCUUGUAG